AGGCGCUUCACUAGGAAAACCUUUCUAGCGUGUUGUGCCAGUGGUUGUGUUCUUUUGUGGUGCUCUUGCUAUUUAACUUCAGCAGUAUUUUGCUGAGCGCGCUUGAUAUAAAAAUUUAGACAGGAAGUUCAGGCUCGCGAGCGUUCGUUGUAUUCCAGAAGUUCGAGCUCGUGAUUUCAGCAGCUACAGGCUUCACCGAAGCCGGCCGAAAGCGACCGGCAUUUUUAACACUCUGCAAAGCAGGGCAGUGGACUGACGAGGCCCAGGAGAGGGAGAGGGGGCCGAGGGCGUGGCCUCUCCAGGGGGCGUGGCCUCGGUGCGAUGGCCUCUCCGUACCACCUUCACCAUCAGCAGCAGGCCCCACCCCAGCCUCCACUUCAGCCCCAGCAGCACAUGGGCAUGGGAGUGGCGCCCGUGCUAGGGGGUCCCGGACUUGGGGCAGGGCCGGGUGGCCUCGGUCCACCGCUUCUGUCACCGGUCCAGCCCAUGGGUGGUCCUUCGGGAUUCAUGCCUACGGGCCCACCGGGCCCAAAUGACGGCAAUGGGGACCCAGUAGUCCCCAUGCAGCCUAAGGACUUCAACACGGCCAUCAUGUGCCGCAUGGGCCAGGAGAUUGUACAAGACAUUGUCGCCAAAGCUAUUGAGCUGUUCCAGACCCUCAAGGCGCUGCAGCCGCCAACUGGGGUAGCAACCAGCAUGCAGGGCCAGGAGGAGCGCCGCAUCAAGCUGCAGGACACACUGCGCAAUGUCGGGCUGCUCUUCAGGAAGCUCCAUCGGGUGCACAGCAUCUGCAGUGACCAGAGUGCAGCUGUGGCCAGCAGCCAGUAUACGCCCAUCGAGCCUGACGUGACACUUCAGAGUCUGGUGCCCAUGAUGGACGACCCAAAGCCUAGUGAGGAGAAGAAGCCUUCGGAGGCCACACGUGCACACCUUGAGGAACGGGCACGUCUCACGGAGCAAGUGGUGCUGAAGAACCGUCAGCUUAAAGAAGUCAUAGAUGCCCUUCGUAAUAUCAUCUGGGAGAUCAACACCAUGCUGGCCAUGCGUAAAAGACAUCUCCAGUUUACCCACAGGAUCUCAUCUCAAGCGAAGUGACUAAGGAUGUAAAUGUGAAUGGUCGUAGUUUACUGCAGCAGCAACGAUACGUGUGGAACUGAGGCUGUACGCAGUUAGCUUGCAAUAACAAGCAGCCUAAAAGUUA